AAGCACCAAGUCUUCAUUUAGUGUGCAACUUUAUGAGUGAAAUUCCAAUUAGCAUAGAAACUAAGGUUCUUGUAGAAAAUUUUAUAUAUCUAAAGACUUGUCCACUUCAGUCAAGCAAUUUAUUAUUCAUUCUAGAAAACAGUAAGGUCUUUAGAAGUGUUGGAUUGCUCUGAAUAUGUUAAAAACCGUCUCAUAUCUUAAGGAAAAGAAAUAGCAUGUUAAUAACUUCAACUAUUUAUCAAGCUCCUCACUGCUUAGUGUUUGUUUCUCAUAGGCGCUUAACAGGCUAUUGAGUUUUCAUCAAUAAUUUAAAGUGGAUUUUCAUUAAAAAUGUAAGAACCGAGCGCAGCAAAGAUCUUAAAAGUGGACAGGGAAAAAAAGGAAGGGUUCUCCAUCGAUUUAUUGUUAAGAUUUUGAGACAAAUGAUGCCUGUAGCUCUCAGCGCUCUGCCUAGAUACUCUAUAAAAUAGCAGGCCACCUAACUAUGGUAACAUACAGUAAUUAUUUUGGACAUACUUUAUAGUACGGAAGUAUGCGCUUUUAGGACGCAGCCUUGUGAAGUUGCGUGGAAACGCGAUGCGCCCAUGGUAACAAACUUUAUUAUUGUCCGCGCGAACGGAGUAUUGUGUGUUAAAGCUAAGCCGUUCAAAAUUAUCCUUUUUUUAUUAUUUAAACGCUAACAUUUUGUUUAGGCUUGCUUUUUUUUGUAAUGAUGUUUUCAUCUAGUAUGGGUAUGUAGCCUACUAAAGAACCCAAGAUGUCUGUGUGUGUAAAGUCCGGUCCGUCACCUCCUGCUUUACCGAAGCCAGAGAGCAGGAGGUCCAAGAGAUUAAAUCACUCUGUUGUGUCUCCUGUGGAGGAAAACAACUCUCAAAUGAACCAGUGGAGUUAUUUUUACUUUUUGGUGCAGGGUUGUGGAAUACGUGCGCCGGAUGCAGUAUGGCACCACAACAGUGGCCGCAAAAAAUACCACUACUUUCUCGACCAGCCAACAUCUGUGACUGGAGCUGGCAGGGAUAUAUCCUUUCUGUGUGACGCUUUGGCAGCUCAGAGACAGCGAAUCUCCCUCCCGCCCAUGCCUGACAGGGGCACCAUUUCUUUGGAAGGUAGUCAAAAGGAUACGAAUUCUACCGAGACGUUAAUCCCAGAGGAAUACCAUAUAAUGACAAAUAAAGGAGUGAAAGCACUACAGUGUUAUGAUGACAAAUUUACAGUUCUGUUAGAGGAUGAACAAAAGAGACUCAAGAUCUUUCCAUCAAUGAGGCCAAGUGGGCGCCUGGAGGCAGUGCAGCUGAUGAGGGUAAUGGAUGAUAUGCUGGAAAAGGCAGGUGCCAAUCAAGAGUUUGAGGAGGUCAAAAGCCUCUCACAGUUACAGGGUCUGCUGGAGUUGGUGCGGGUGGAGCAGAACAUCUACAACAUCGUGUUUCAUGAGCUAAUUCGGCAGGUGAGCGUGGAGUGUAUAGAGCGGGGCCAGCUGCUAGCUAAACUCAGGCACAGGUAUGUGGCCCUACUUGACCGAAUCCCCCGUCAGCUCAUAAGUCUGCAUACAGAGACCCUGGCACAGAGAGCUCUGGACCGCCGGCUGACUGAAGAGAUCAUCUGCUUCAAGCGCUCUAUUGCACAACUUCAUGAAGAGAUAAAUCAGCUGAAGGAGCAUGAUGAGCAAGUGUCCAAGCAGGCUGAAAAGGUGCAGGAGGAGCUGGCUAAAGCACUGAAGCAAUCACAGCUUGACUCUGACAUUGUUGGGGAGUACCACAAACUUUAUGAACUACAGAGGCAAAGACUGGAGGGACAAGUAGCCGUACUGACUGAAGAGAGGGACUUAUGGAGCAAGGUCACCUACAGCAUUGCUCUCAAGGUUAUUAAGUUCAACGACCUGCAGCUGGUCAGCAGACUUCAUGUUAGUGAGCAGGCAUGGAGCAAAACCGCAGAGCAUUUCACCACUGUUCUUACAGCAAAGGACUCAGAGGACCUGAAACGCAUUAUGCAGCUGACUGACCAGUGGAAAGAGCAGCUGACCGGUUUCAUGGAGAACCUUAGAGAGACUGAAAAAAACCAGUAUGAGAGUAUCAGGUCUGUCCAGCAUGGCCUUGUCAGGUGGCACAAGUUCUGUGAGAGUAACACCAGGAGCCCUGAUGUAAAAUUUGAAAAAGCUUCAGAGGAGGUGUUGUUUAAGGACUUGAAGCAAUGGUCAAUGGUGUUGACCAUGCAGUGUGAGCGGUAUGGAGGAGAAGACCUUCUCUCUGGUCAAGAGACUCUUCACAGACUGGAGCAGCUGCAGGAUUCGUGGGUGGAGCUGUGUAUGCAGCUGAACAGGAGACAUCCAGCAUUGGAUGGAGAGGCUCCUAAGGGCCAGGCGGCCAUGAGAGAACUGAGCCAUGCUAUCACUGAGCUCCAUACGCAGCUGGGUAUCCGUAUCAGUGGAGAGAGUGGAAUUCAUCAACAGUUGAUCACUCUGAAUGGAGUAAUUGACUCCUGGGCUAACAGACUGAAGUCUCCUAUUGGACGGCUUGAAACACUGUAUCACUCUGAUUGGUCGAAGCUGGAGAAGGCCCUAGGAAGUUGGAUAAAUCUGUGUGAGGAGGCCCUGGUAAACAUCACCAACAUCCAGACAGAGGAUAACCACAAGCCUCACACCAAGAUUGAAAUCGAUGAUGUCCUGAACAUGCUGAGGGAGUUUGUCUCCUCUCAAAACAACUUCUUUGACUACACAAACAUGACACUUUGUGAGGAGGUCAGCUCUAUGCACACUCUGCGGACUCGCUGGAUGGUGGAUCUGCUGCUACUGAUGGUGCGAGAUCAGUGUGAUGCCCAGGAGCCCCAUCUUCCACCAAGCCCUGAAUUAAAUGCCUUUAAGGAUGUGUCUUUUCAGAAGCUAGAGGAAGAUGCCAAGAAUCUUGCACAGAAAUUGAACUACUUCUCCAAAUACAUUUCAAGUGCUUGCCAGGCUAUCGUGGCAGAGAUGAUGCAGAAGAAUAUGAUUCAGGAUGACACAGAAAAUGAAAUUUACCAGCUGGACAAGCUUCAGAGGGAGUGUGCCGAGUGGGUGGACAUCUGUCAGAUCCUGCUGUAUGAUUUGAUUGGACGUCGUUUGGAGCUGCAGCUGGCUGGGGAAGCAGUGCCUAAGUUCAUCACUGACCUCUCCUUAUCUGUGGAGAGUGUACCCUCUCCGAUUGAUGUAUAUGCCAAACCAGAGAGGCCAGCAGAAGCCAAGCAAGAUGAGAAGGAACCUGUAAAUGCAGGAGGCAGGCCUUAUAUUUCCCAAAAAAAGGAUAAACCGGUAGAGGAGAGGGAGGAGGAUGUCACAGAGGAUGAAAAGAGUGUCUCAGUCCUGAAGCUUAUCGGCCAUGAUGGCCACAUUAUUGAACAGACCUUGGGAGAGGAAACUGUGCACAUCACUGGGACCAGUGAUGUUGUGGUGCGACCAAGCUCUGAGAGUGCACAGCAGGCUUUUAGUGCACUGGGUACUGUGGGGCUUCUUCAGCAGGAGCUACUAGCUGUGGAGGCUCGUGCCAUCAGCGCUGAGGAGAGGGCUCUAAAGGCAGAGGAAGCCCUCCAUGAAGCUUUAGAGAAGAUCCAUGAUUUAGAGAGACAACUACCACAAAGGACCAGUCUAGAAACCAAAGUGAGAAAGCCUGUUUCACCAGUUGCUAAGAAGGAGGCUAGCCCUGAACUGAAAGAGGUGAGCCAGCAGCCCACUCCCAGCCCCAAAUCCACUAAAAGAAGCAAGAAACGCUAAACCAACAGAAAGCACAGAACUUACCAGUGCACUUUGGAUGAGCGAAUUAUCUACAUUAAAAAACACUGAAAUGUUUUCUUUAAAAAAAAGAAAAAAAAAAGAAAAAGUGACAAUCAAAAAGUCUGAAAUUUUACAGAAUAAAUAUAUAAUGCAUAUGAAGUAUUUGGGUACAUAAUAAAAAUAUUGUUUUCUACCAAUAUGAUGUUUGGAUUUUGAAUUACAGUACAAUUUUGGGUCCUGAUAAUACAUAUGUUUAUAAACCCUAUUUCACAUGAUUGAGUCGAUUAUUGUGGCCAAAUAAAGAUUAAAAUAAGGCCAUGGUCCACUCUGAAGUGAUUAUAACUAUGCACUACUAUAACCUACAUUAGAAUGGGCAGAGUGUGAAUGUGGGCUAAAACAGAUUAAUCAGAUUUCCCUAUGGAUUUAUUUAAAUUAUUAUUUAAUUAAAUUCUAUGAUAAUUAUUUUUAAUGCACAGACAAUAUACAGAUAAU